CUAGCCAUUGCUGUCUCCAACACGUUUGCAUUUCAAUCAUAUAAUUCCACCUUUUCAACAAAGUUAGCCGGGAUUUCUUCCUCUUACAGGCAAAAAUCACUAAAGAAUGAUCUGGGGAAUAAAAACAGACCAACCUGAGAGCGCAUCUUCUCAUCAGCAGUCCAAAGUUUCCUCCAUGAGAAUCAUUCUGGUUUCCUUUUUGGUUAUUCAAUUCUUUGCUGACUCUGAAUGUCUCAGCAGAGCUGAUUUUCCAGAUGGCUUCAUAUUUGGAACUGCAGCAUCCGCAUACCAGUUCGAAGGGGCUGUAGAUGAAGGAAACCGAGGUGUCAGCAUCUGGGAUACCUUUGUGAAGGAACCAGGAAGAAUACUGGACUUCAGCAAUGCAGACAGAACCGUUGACCAAUACCACAGAUUUAAGGGCGAUAUACAGCUGAUGAAGGAUGUGGGAAUGGAUGCCUACAGAUUUUCAAUCUCGUGGCCAAGAAUCUUUCCAAAUGGAACAGGAGAACCCAACCCAGAUGCAAUAAACUAUUACAACAAUUUUAUAGAUGCUUUGCUAGAAAAAGGAAUCCAACCUUUUGUUACUCUUUAUCAUUGGGAUCUUCCGCAAGUGCUUGAAGACGAGUACGAAGGAUGGUUGAGCAGGCGGAUAGUAAAAGAUUUUGAACAUUAUGCUGUUACAUGCUUCCAAGCAUUUGGGGAUAGAGUGAAGCACUGGAUCACCUUCAACGAACCACAUGGUUACUCAAUAAAAAGUUAUGACCUAGGAAUUCAAGCUCCUGGUAGGUGUUCUUUUGUGGGUCAUCUAUUAUGCAAGAAGGGAAAUUCAUCCUCUGAACCAUAUAUAGUUGCUCACAAUAUUCUCUUAUCUCAUGCUGCCGCUUAUCACAGUUACCAGAAUCAUUUUAAGAGAAGACAGGGUGGUCAGAUAGGAAUAGCACUAGAUGCCAUAUGGUAUGAACCAUUAUCUGAAAAUGACGAGAACAGAGAAGCAGCACUCAGAGCCCUUGAUUUUGAACUUGGAUGGUUUCUCGAUCCACUUUUCUUUGGCGACUAUCCCCUUUCAAUGAAAAGUCUUGUGGGGGAAAGACUACCAAAAAUAUCACGUGGAACUGCAAAGUUCCUGACAGGAACCCUGGAUUUCGUUGGCAUGAACCACUACACUUCCUUAUAUGCUCGAAAUGAUAGGUUUCGGAUUCGAAAACUAAUAUUCAAUGAUGCUUCAACAGAUUCUAAUGUCAUUCCCACCCCACACAGAGGUGUCUCUACUAUUGGAGAAAGAGCAGCUUCCCGCUGGUUACACAUUGUUCCAUGGGGCAUUCGGAAAUUGGCAAUUUAUUUGAAACAUAAGUAUAGGAACCCACCAGUAAUCAUAACAGAAAAUGGCAUGGAUGAUCCAAACAAACGGUCGAUACCUUUAAAGAAGGCAUUACAGGAUGACAAGAGAAUAAGAUACCACAGAGAUUACCUCUCAAAUCUAUCCACUGCUAUUAGGCAAGAAGGCUGCAAUGUUCGUGGCUACUUUGCUUGGUCACUACUGGAUAAUUGGGAGUGGAACAUGGGCUACACCGUCCGAUUUGGACUCUACUACGUCGACUACAAGAACAAUCUCACAAGGAUUCCAAAGGCAUCCGUUCAAUGGUUUCAGAGUGUGCUCAAAUCAGAAGACGAGUAGAUGAAUUAAACUUGAUUUAUUGCUCAUACAUUUGUAAGAAUUGUAGUCAUAUCAGGCAUAACAAUGUACUCCAUAUGUCAAAACUGAAAUUGAAUGAAUGAUACAAUGACGAAAUAGGAAGAAAAGCUGGUUGAAGACA